UGGUUUGCCAUCUCUUAGCUGUGUUCAUAGUCUAUCUUAAGAAAAUGGCUCGUACUAAGCAAACUGCGCGAAAAUCGACUGGUGGAAAAGCUCCUCGGAAGCAAUUAGCUACCAAGGCAGCUCGAAAGAGUGCGCCUGCAACUGGUGGGGUAAAGAAACCUCAUCGUUAUAGGCCUGGCACUGUUGCUCUUCGUGAAAUUCGUCGUUAUCAGAAAAGUACUGAAUUACUUAUCCGAAAAUUACCGUUCCAACGUCUCGUACGUGAAAUUGCUCAAGAUUUCAAAACCGAUUUACGUUUCCAAAGUUCAGCUGUGAUGGCUCUUCAAGAAGCUAGUGAAGCAUACUUGGUUGGAUUAUUUGAAGAUACUAAUCUCUGUGCCAUUCACGCAAAACGUGUUACUAUCAUGCCCAAAGAUAUUCAAUUAGCUCGACGAAUUAGAGGAGAAAGAGCUGUUUGGCUUCAACUUUUGGACGAUGCUAUGUAUUGUUAUUUAGUAUUUUUGCCAGAUUUGAAGAUCUAUAAGCGCGGUAAAGUGAAGGGAAAGACGAAGUCACGGUCAAAUAGAGCUGGAUUACAAUUUCCAGUUGGUCGUAUCCAUCGUCUUUUAAGGAAAGGUAAUUAUGCAGAACGCGUUGGAGCCGGAGCGCCAGUUUAUUUGGCAGCAGUGAUGGAAUAUUUAGCUGCUGAAGUUCUCGAGUUGGCCGGAAAUGCUGCUCGUGAUAACAAAAAGACAAGAAUUAUUCCGAGACAUUUACAAUUGGCAAUUCGAAAUGACGAAGAAUUAAAUAAAUUAUUGUCUGGCGUGACUAUUGCUCAGGGCGGUGUCUUGCCAAACAUACAAGCUAAAAUGGCGCGUACUAAGCAAACGGCGCGGAAAUCGACUGGUGGAAAGGCUCCUCGGAAGCAAUUGGCUACCAAAGCAGCUCGAAAAAGUGCGCCUGCAACUGGUGGAGUAAAGAAACCUCAUCGUUAUAGGCCUGGCACUGUUGCUCUUCGUGAAAUUCGUCGUUAUCAGAAAAGUACUGAAUUACUUAUCCGUAAAUUACCGUUCCAACGUCUCGUACGUGAAAUUGCUCAAGAUUUCAAAACCGAUUUACGUUUCCAAAGUUCAGCUGUGAUGGCUCUUCAAGAAGCUAGUGAAGCAUACUUGGUUGGAUUAUUCGAAGAUACUAAUCUCUGUGCUAUUCACGCAAAACGUGUUACUAUCAUGCCCAAAGAUAUUCAAUUAGCUCGACGAAUUAGAGGAGAAAGAGCUUAAUUUCAUGAGGUUUCAAAUACUAAAAAUCGGCCCUUUUUAGGGCCAACA